GACUGAGGCUGUCAUUCUGCCUAAAAUCUCCUUUUGUGUUCCACAGAAGAAAGUCAUUCAGGUUUGUAUCAACUAUUCCUUUUUUAACUUUUGAUGGUGCAAUUUACUAAUGUGUGAAGAAGUAGUGGAAAUGUCUUGAGUUUCAUUCGUCACUUGAAAUGGAAAAGGUUGAAAGGUUUUGAAAUGUUUCUCUCUUCUUCAGUUUGUCAGAGGUGUUUUGUGAAAUCCAGCCAAUUGUUUCUCCGGACUUUAGGGGUCACAGGAAAUUCUAUUGUUUUAAUGUCCGUAUGUGCUGAUUUUUAACGGAUGCGAGGAAAGGGAAAUAUCAUCUGUUUUCAGUCCUGUAACUAACAGAGAAGCACCCAAAAUGUGAUUUUUCAAUGUAUCAUGUUUUUUGUUUCAAUGCAUUCUAUAAAGUACCCAGUUAAUGGAAUAUAUGUAACAGGAUUAUGUAUUUAAAAUGUAAAAUUCCGUAUUCCACUACAGUUACAAUUUAAAUCAUUGGUAAUUAGAAUACAGUUACAUUCAAAAAGUAUUUUGAUUACUGAAGAGAUUACUGUGCAUUUUAUUGUCAUUUUUUUCAUUUAAUAUUUAGACUUUUCAGUUGUAAAACAAUUAUGCAUAUACAUUAUGUAAUCUGAGGUGCACUUGAACAGCAGUGAAACACUUUCUUAUGAUUUGUUACAUUCAUACAUGUUCAAACUGUUGUGAGUGAAACAUGACGUCAUUGAGGAACUUUCCUUUGAUAGUUUAAUAGAGGAGCUACAAUGUUUCUACAGCUUAACAAAAAACAGUUGAAAACAUAUGUUUGAUGUUGAAUGAAGGUUUUUUCACCGUUAUCUGUAACUCGUGAUUUCUUGAAGAGGUGUGGUGUUGUGCCAGGAGGUGGCACUAAUUUCUUAAUGUAGCUCUUCUGAAAGAACACAUUUACCUGUGUUAUGACCUAUUUUGUCUAACUUGUGUUGCUUUGCUUUCAGUGUUCUUCAGGUAUAUUUUAUGUUACUAUUUCCCUUUAAUGAAUAAUGUUUUUAGAGCAUUCAUCCAAAGUGUGGUCUUCCUCCUUGUCAUGGCUUACGAACCAGACGUGACGUGGCAGUAGUGCUGCACAGUUAAUCGAAAAACUAAUCGCGGUUACGGCUGCCGCGAUUAUGUAUUCGUGAAAACUGAUGAUUACAGCCUUUAAGUCUGCUCCUGUUGUGUCAGUGGUUUCUAUUUACAACAUGUAUUCUAACCAAUCACAGACAUGUCCGUUGAGCAAUGAAAUGGCAAUAGCCAAUCAGAGAUGCUUAAAUUAGUCCUCUGACCUAUCAGUAAUGACAACUGAUCCUAAUGCGCAAGUUUUAAACAGUCCCAGAUGCUUGUCAGUGAUCUCAAACAGAUCUCAGAUUAUUUUAUCCCCUUUUCUCUCAAUUUGGAAUUCCCACUUCUUAGUAGGUCCUCAUGGUGGCGCGGUUACUCCCCUCAAUCCGGGUGGCCUCCGCUUCUGAGACGUCAAUCCGCGCAUCUUAUCACGUGGCUCGUUGUGCAUGACACCGCAGAGACUCACAGCACGAGAGGCUCAUGCUACUCUCCGCAAUCCACGCACAACUUACCACGCGCUCCAUUGAGAACGAGAACCACUAAUCACGACCACAAGGAGGUUACCCCAUGUGACUCUACCCUCCCUAGCAACCAGGCCAAUUUGGUUGCUUAGGAGACCUGGCUGGAGUCACUCAGCAUGUCCUGGAUUCAAACUCGCGACUCCAAGGGGUUGUAGUCAAUGUCAGUACUCGCUGAGCUACCAGAACCCCCUAAGCUUGUUUUGGAGGUGUAGCCAACAUAAAGAAUAUGGCAUGAAUGGCAUAUUUCAUGCAUCACCGUCAUUAUUAUAGCGUCUGCUCUAAAAAGACCCAAUUCCCCCGCAGCUGUUAUUGGUAGAUUUAAAAUGUUCACUAAUUGCAAAAUUCUGAUUUCUAAUUACCAAAGUGCAUCCGCUGAGGCCAAAUAUGAUCCAUCGAAGAUCUUACGUGAACAAGAUCACCAUUGCAGAUCUAAUGGGUUGAAUGGGCACACGUCUCGCCACCAUGGUCGUGUCUAGAAGCUCUCCUGCAGAUGAUCUCUUGGAAACAGAUGUAGCUCCUGAUAUUUCACCUCGGAUCAGAUCUCCGAGCGGAAGACCCAGGAGAGGAGUCCCUCUGCCAACCCCCAGAAACAAGCUGGAUUCAGCAGGAAGCUCUGACGAAUAUGACGAUCACGACUCGGACCACUGCAGAGACACUAAACUCAUAGACAUGGCCAACAAGAUGUCCUUGAUGGUUCCCAAGGAGACGAAACCCCGUUACAACAGCCUGUGUAGCGAUGACGAGCUACUGGAUGAUGAUGGCUGUUGCGAAUCCAUAUCAGAUGAACGGGGUUCAUGGAUCGAAGAUUUCAGUUUGAUCCCCAGCUGUCAGAACAGCAUCUAUCUGCCAAACACAGGUCAUGUUAAUGCUCCGCCCCCUCGGGAAGACUCCGCCUCCACUCUAACCCCUGUUAUUAAAAUGGGCUGGCUGUACAAGAAUCCUCCACAGGGGUCUCUGAUCUAUCAGCACCGUUGGGUUAAACUUGAUGCUGAGUACCUGAGAUACUUCGACAGUGAGAAGGACGUCUAUUCCAAGCGGAUCAUACCAACUGCGUCCAUCACGGGGGUCGUCAACGUGGGGGAUCUGAAGUUUGAAGUGGUGACACACAAUCGCACUUUCCUGUUCCGAGCAGAGAGUGACUUGGAGAGAAACGAGUGGGUAAUGGUGUUGAAGGAUUGUGUCGGAGCGCCUCGGCCGCAGACGAGUCUGGAUUUGACCUUUAACUCCUGCGUGGCCUCUGAGAUGAAGGGUUAUCUGGAGCUGCGGGGUCUGCGCUCUAAGCUCUACACGGUCGUGUGCUUGGAUAAAGUCUUUCUCUACAAAAACACUGAGGAUUAUCGUUUGGGAAUAGGAAUCACCUCAAUUGAUAUGAAUGUUGGUAAUGUGAAAGAGGUGGACCGAAGAGCAUUUGACCUGACCACACCAUACCGCAUAUUCAGUUUUAUUGCAGAUACAGACCAGUUGAAGGAUCAGUGGGUGGAGGCAAUGCGCAAUUCUAUCGCAGAGGCAUUGUCCAAUUAUGAUGUUGCUGAGCGGAUCUGGUCGGAGCCGUCCAAUCAGAUGUGUGCAGACUGUGGUGCUGCUAAACCCGAGUGGGCCGCGAUCAACCUGGCCGUGGUUUUCUGCAAGCGAUGUGCAGGAGAACAUCGUGGUCUGGGCCCAAGCAUUUCAAAAGUACGAAGUCUCAAAAUGGACAAGAAGGUUUGGACUGAAGAUCUCAUCCAGUUGUUCGUCACUCUAGGAAAUGAGCGAGCCAAUCAGUUUUGGGCGGCGAAUGUCCCACCGAGCGAGGCGUUAAAGGUGAUCAGCAGCAGUGAGGAGCGACGGAGUUUCAUUACGGCAAAAUACCGUGAGGGGAAAUACCGUCGAUAUCACCCGCUGUUCGGCAACCAGAGAGAACUCAACAACGCGUUGUGUAUUAACGUUCAGUCCAGCGAUGUGUGCGAGACGUUGGCAUUGGUUUUCUGUGGUGCUGAUUUGAACUGUGACACGGGCGACCCUAAUCUGCCCUCGCCGAUCGCCCUGGCGCAACAUCACGGUCAGAAACUGCAGGUGGAGUUUCUCACCCAGAACCGCAACACAGAGCUCCCAAAUUCAGAGCUGAAGGUUGCCAUAGAUACAAUGCACUACAUGGCCCCGCCCUCCAUCACGCAUAAUGGUUUCCUUUUUAAGACCGCCUCCAUGGCUCGACCAAUCACAGAGAAGAAGGGCAAAGAAGAGUUCAGUCGGCGCUGGUGUGUUCUGAACGACGGUCAUUUUAGCUACUAUGAAAGUGAUAAAAACGCGACACCAAACGGCGGACUGAAGAUGAAAGAGAUCGUGUGUCUCGCCGUCAACCCCGCUGAGACUCAUGGGUAUGAUCACACAUUUGUAUUGUACACUGACACUGAGCGCUUGUAUCUGUUCGGCACUGAUAAUCCAGAAACCACGCGUGAGUGGGUCAAAUCCAUCGCUAAGUCAUUUAUUCCAGUCGGAGCGGAGGAUCUGUUACUAAAAGACUUUGAGCGCAUCGGCCGACUGCGUUAUAAAGAUGGUCUGAAUCUUGAGACCUCCAGACUGGCCUGGUUCUGUCUAGUGGGGUCGAAUUUGCACAUCCGCCUGAAUGAACAUCCCAGAGAUGAGACCGUCGACCUGCAGAAACUCCUGGAGCUCUCGAUCCAGCCUGAGAAUGAAGUUCUAGUUCUAGUGGAGAGAGGCAGGACGCUGUACAUCGAGGGUGAGAGGAAGUUGGAUUUUCAGGGCUGGGCGACAGCGAUCCAGAGAGCAGCAGGGAGUUCAGGAGACACAUUGAGUCAACAGCAGCUGACAGAGGCGAAUAUUCCUGUUAUAGUGGAGCGCUGCAUUCACUUCACCACACAAUACGGUCUGACCUCAGAGGGCAUCUAUCGUAAGAGUGGAGUGAACAGUAAGAUUGCCGCCCUGCUGCAGGAGUUCCGGCGUGACGCGAGGUGUGUGUGGCUGAAGGAGGGAGAACAUCAGGUGGACGAUGUGUCCAAUGUUCUCAAGAGAUUCUUCAGAGACAUCCAGGAGGGGUUGUUUGGACAGCAGGCGCACAACUGGCUCAGCACUACAGCUGUUUCAGAUGAAAGCAGUCGAGUCUGUCAGUAUCAUCUUCUGUUCAGUAACCUGCCGCGAGUCAAUCAGGCGACACUACGAGCACUAGUCAAUCAUUUGUACUGCGUCCAGCGGUUUGCCGAUCUCAAUCAAAUGAAUCUUCAUAAUCUCGCUAUCGUGUUUGGACCGACUCUCUUCCAGACAGAUGGGAAGGAUUACAAUGCCGGGCGCGUCAUCGAGGAUCUCAUCCAACACUACGUCACCAUAUUCGAUGUGAACGAGCAGCAGUUAAAAAGACAGUUAGAUGAGAUCACGUACAUCAUAAAACUGAGAGAUAACCUCAAUCCUAAAGCUGGACUGGCCAGUGGAGAUUUCAUUUGUACUGUUUACCUGGAGGAGAAAAAGGAAAUGGCUGAACAGCAUGUAAAGAUUCCCGCCACAAUGACGGCAGCAGAAUUGACGUUUGAGAUUCUGGAUCGACGGAAAAUCAGUGUGAGAGAGAAAGACUACUGGUGCUGUUUCGAAAUCAAUGAGAAAGAGGAGACGGAGCGUCCGCUGCACUUUCAGGAGAGAGUUCUGCCGAUUCUGCAUUCACUCGGUACAGACAGUUACCUACUCGUCAAAAAACACUUCUCUAUGGAAGCCAUGCUCGUCUACCUCGCCAGUAAAGUGGAAGUGUCUAAACACGGUAUGAUGAAGUUUCGAGAAGAAAGGAGUUUACUGGGUUUGGGUUUGAGUUCUGGCAGCUUCAACGACCGAUACUUCAUACUGACCAACACCUCGCUUAGACUCUAUAAAGAAGUCAGGAAUCUACAAAAACUACAAAUCCCAGAGCUGCAGUGUAGUAAUCGUCCAGAGAGGGAGUGGCCAGUCAAGUGUCUGAAGGUUUAUCACGGCAUAAAAAAGAAGCUCCGCCCACCUACUUGUUGGGGUCUUACAGUCAUCUAUGAGAGUGAGAAACAUGACAAGCAAGAGAGACAGCAAUGGUAUCUCUGCUGCGAUACACAGAAUGAAAUGAGAGAAUGGUUCGCUACAUUUCUGAGCAUACAGAACGGAGGUCACGUGUGGCCGGCGGAGUGGUUGAAGUCUCGUGCUGCGAGUCGUUCGGCACCUCUGGAGGCUCGUUUUGGUAAUGUGUCAUUGAUUCCGCUGCGCGGCAGUGAGAACGAGAUGAGGAACAGUGUCGCCGCUUUCACUGCUGAUCCUCUCGCCCUCUUCAGAAAUGUUUGACGAUGAAGUAAACAAUGUUCAGGUUUGUGAGGGUUAAAGUCACAUCGGCAGCGUUUGAUCUGGAACUUCAGUCAGAUCCUGUGUGAAGAAUUCUGGACUACUUUGUAUCUUACAGUCUCUGAGCAUUUGGAUGUUCAUGUAGUUUUACACGCACUUUGACCUUUCACAGAGGUGACAGCACCUUAUAUUUCACUGAUUUAACCGUUCACUCUUUCUGUGGUGCAUUCAGUCUGUUACUGGACUCACAUGGAUCACACGGUGUUGAAGGACAGAUCAGAACACUCGUCUCAUUCUGUCUGCAUGUGUUCAUUAGACGGAGGCUUCGCAUGUGGAAUAUCUCAAAUUUAUUGUCCAUUUAAGCAAAUGAAACACUUGAGUUUGGAGGGGCGUAUCCUGAGAGCCGAUGGACGUGUGAUUAAUGUUAAGUGUUUUACAGACUUGCUCAAAUGAUUUCACAGGGUUUGGUUCUGUUAGUUGUGUUUGGUUCGAACACAAACGUUAAUCAAAUGAAGAAUCACAUGAUGUUUUAAAUGUCACAGUUCAUAAACUUUAUGUGAGUGGAUAUAAUGCUGCAUUGACGCAUAUCAGAAUUACCAUAAUGACAAGUUUCCGAGUUGUAACCAUUCACAUCUUGUUGAACUAAAGUUGAUUGUUGAACAGUUAACGGUAGUUAUUUCAGUUAUCGCUACAUAUUUCUGUUGAAAAGUCAUUUUACUAUAGUCAGUGUUACCUAGUGCAAUUUCUAUAUUUUUCAGUAUUUUUGCAUGAAGUAAUGUAUUGGUGAAAUAUCAGCAACAAAGUUGGAUUCACAUGGAUUCAUUGUUGGUGUUAUGACCGUCGCCUAAAUCAGAAGGCGUGAGCAUUAGAGUUGUUAUUGGUAAUUCCAAUGAGACGUGAAUGCAGCAUAAGACUGUGUGUGUGUGUGUGUGUGUGUGUGUGUGUGUGUGUACUUGUGUAUGUUUAUAUCAGAUAGUGUGUGUGUGUGUGUGUGUGUGUCGUGUCUGAAGUCAAAUGUACCACAACUUGUUCAUUGUGUUGAAACAGAUGAAAGGACCAAUUAUGUUUUAGUAAUAUUGAUUUAAAUAACUUUAUUCAUAUAAUUAGUUGUUAUAAUUUAAUCAGUUUUCAUACUAUUGCAUUCUAAAUGAGACUUCAAUGUUUUUUUAAGAGACACAUCAGUGUAAAAUCGCGUUGCUUUAGUUUACACACUCUGAGCUUCAUUCAUGAAACAGAAGCAGAACAGAUUUAUGUGUAAGUCAUUCGUAAAACCAUUAUUACAUAUACAGACACAUGUAACUAUUUACCCAAGAAUAAAUUAAACAGUUUGCGUAAUCGUGGUCUAUACAAACUAAUGUGAUUGAUUGAGAAUGCACAAGAGUUUACAUCAGCAUUGUUUUAUAUCAACCAAUGCAUUCAAUGCAAGAAUGGUUUUACAAAACAAAGCAGCAAUGUACAUAAACGUUUAUAUAAAAGAAUGCGGCAAUUUACAUAAAACAAUAUAAGAACACAUGGUACAGUUUACAUAGGAUUUUACGAACCAAUGCGACAAUUUACAUAAAAAUGAUUUUACGAUCAAAUGCAACAAUUUACGUAACAAUGGCUUUAUGAAAUAAUGUCAAUUUAAAUAAAGCUUUUACGAAAGUGUCAAUUUACAUAAAAAAUAGCAUAUAAAUGCAACAGUUAACAUAAUUAUGGAUUUACAAAAUAAUGCGACAAUUUACAUAUAUUUUUUUUACAAACAAUGCAGCAAUUUACGUAACAAUGGUUUUAUGAAGUUAUUUGUCAAUUUACAUAAGAAUGCUUUUACGGAAGAAAGCGUCAAUUUUCAUAAAAUUUCCGAACAAAUUCAACAAUUCACUUAAUUUGGGUUUUACAAAAUAAUGCGACAAUUUACACAGAAAUGGUUUUACGAAGAAAUGCAACAAAUGAAUUAAGAAUACUUUUACGAAAGCGUCAAUUUACGUAAAAGAUUUUUACAAAGAAAUGCAAAAAUUUACGUAAGAAGGUUUUACAAAAUAAUACGACAGUUUACUUAACAAUGGUUUUAUGAAGUUAUGUGUCAAUUUACAUAAGAAUGCUUUUAUGGAAGAUAGCAUCAAUUUAUGAACAAAUGCGACAAUUUUUGCAAGUAGGGGUGGGUAAAAAUAUCGAUGAUCGAAUCACCAGUGGAUGAAUUGUGUAGUAUAGUGGAGAAGUAUUCAGCAGCGAGAUCCUUUCACUGCGUGUUGAGAGUAAAGUUGUUCCAUGUCCAAAGACGAGAUCCACGCGACUCAUUUUUAAUUGAAUAAUGUCUCUUUUAAUACUCUUUCUGUUCUUUACAGUCAAUUGUUGAUCAUAAACAACAAAAAAUAAACAUUUAAUUGUAAUCAGGCAUAGAACAGAUGAGAUAAAGCCGUUUGAGUCUCUCUCGUGAACAUGCGCUCAUUUACAGACGUUGUUUACAGAACUGCUGGUUUUCUUAAAGAGACAGUACCGGUUUUACUACGUGUUCAACAAAUCAAUGUAAAUACCUGUAAAUAGUAUAAAUUAUGCAAUUACAUAAUUAAAUAAUCACACAUGAAAAUAACAAAAAAUAAUAUAUGCAAUAUAAUAUCAUAUUUAUUAAUUAAAUACAUUGAUUUGUUAGUUUUAAAUGAUAAAAAAAACUAUUAACUAUUAAAACUAACCCCAUUUAAUAUAUAAAUAGUAAAAUGAAUAUUUUCAUAUUGUACUUAGUUAGAAGGUUCCCAGUAUUAUUCACAGAAUUAGCUGGGAGAUAAUUUAUUUCAUUUAUAAGCAAAAGGGACAUUUUAACUGAAAUUAACUCAUAUGAAUCAAUAUUGAAUCAAAUCGGGAAAUCUGUAUCGAUACCCAGUCCUACAAAAUAGUGCAACAAUUUACACAGAAAUGGUUUCACGAAGAAAUUCAAUAAAUUAAGAAUGCUUUUACGAAAGAAAGUGACAAAAAAUGUUUUACUAAAUAAUGCGACAAUUUACUUACAGUAUUUUAACAAACAAAUUCAACAGUUUACGAACAAUGGUUUUAUGAAGUUAUGUGUCAAUUUACAUUCAAAAAAAAUUAAUGACCAAAUGCAACAAUUUACUUAGGGUUUCACAAAACAGUGCGACAAUUAACACCGAAUGGUUUUAUGAACAAAAUUGCGCAAGCAAGGUUUUAUGGAAAAAAAGUGACCAUUUACAAUAUUUUAUGAACAUGACUUGCACAGAAACUCGUUCUGUUUGUUUCAUGAGUGAAGAUGUUCGAUUCUGUAAAAACAACAGGAUUUGUUUCAUCUGAUGGUGGUUUGAUUAAAUAAGUGUGUAAUUGUCAGGGGUUUAAGCUCAGAGUAGAUGUGAAAUUAAAUUUGAUGAUCUAAAAAAUGGGUUUGCUCAAUUAUUUCCCAUCAGUUCUGUUAAUUAACAAACAGAUUUUACCCAGAAAGGAAUUUAUUAAGGGUCACAGUGAGUGUGUGUGUGUGAGUGUGUGAGUGUGUGAGUGUGUGUGAGUGUGUGUGAGUGUGUGUGAGUGUGUGAGUGAGUGUGUGAGUGAGUGUGUGAGUGAGUGUGUGAGUGAGUGUGUGAGUGUGUGAGUGAGUGUGUGAGUGUGUGAGUGUGUGAGUGUGUGAGUGAGUGUGUGAGUGUGUGAGUGAGUGUGUGUGUGAGUGUGUGUGUGUGUGAGUGUGUGAGUGAGUGUGUGUGAGUGAGUGUGUGUGAGUGAGUGUGUGUGAGUGAGUGUGUGUGUGUGAGUGUGUGUGUGUGUGAGUGUGUGUGUGUGUGUGUGUGUGUGUGUGUGUGAGUGUGUGUGUGAGUGUGUGUGUGAGUGUGUGUGUGAGUGUGUGUGUGAGUGUGUGAGUGAGUGUGUGUGUGACUUGAUUCAGCUGGUAAUAAGGGUCUUAUCUGGACAAAAUUAGUUUCUGUUCUGUAUUUGUGAAGAUAUCAAUUAAAUAAUUAUUUUUAAAUAACCAUGUUAAAUUAAUGUGAGAUUGUAACUUUGAAAAAAGUCUCUGUACAUGCGGUGCUGUUUUAUGUUGUGACUUUUAUUGCUUGUUAAUAGUAAAUGUGGUCAUUGUUCUACA